UCGCUUCAUCUUUAGUAGUACUAUUUACUAUUCAUGAUCACUCCCAGGACGGUCCCACCACAAAAAAAGUAAAAGAGACCCUCCCUUACCUUAUAAAUAAAGCAAAGCAAAGCCCAUGGAUUUUAAAUUUUACUGCGUCUCUGUUCUUCUUCAACUCCCACUUGGAUCACCCGCUCCAAUUUCCCAAUAAUGGAUCUCUCUGUCCCCAAAUUCCGAUCUCGUCUCCUCGCCUGGCUCUGCAGAUCUCGCCCCGGCCCAAUAGUAUUUAUGAAGCGUUUUCCAUACAAGGAUAUAAAGAGAGCUACAGAUAGUUUUCAUAGGAUCAUGUAUUCCAACUCUCACGUAGCCGUCUACAAGGCCAGAUUUCAAGAUGGCGGGGUUGCUUUGAUAAAAGAAAUUAGAGAUUUUAGUCAAGCAGAAAAUGUCUUCUACAGGGAAGUGCAACUCUUGGGGCGUCUGCAUCAUCGGCACCUUCUUGCUCUUAGGGGUUUCUCUAUCGGAAAUAAACGGUUGCUAGUGUUUGAAAAUAUAGAAAGAGGGAGCUUGAAGGAACAUCUCAAUGAUCCCCUUAGGACUCCCUUGAAUUGGAGGACAAGACUUAAAAUAGCCGUUGGUGUGGUGGCAGCAUUGGAAUAUUUGCUUCUUUUCAAUGAACCCCCAAUGUUUCAUGUCUCCAUUAGCUCAAGUAACAUAAUGCUAGAUGAAAACUUCAAUGCAAAGCUUUCAGACAUGGGCUUUCAAAGUUCCGGUGAAAAUUGCGUCACGGUGCCUCAUACCUCAUGUCCAAAAGAUUGCAUGGGUCAGGAAUGUGGUAACAUUAUGUUCCAGCUUGGGGUGCUGAUCCUGGAGCUCAUCACUGGUCAAUCAUCUGAAAAUGGGGGUGCUGAUCUAGUUCAGUGGAUCCGAGAGUCUCGCUUCUGCAGUUCGAUUGACAAUAUGAUAGAUCCUGAUCUAGGUAAUAGUUAUGAUUCUAGGGAGCUUAGAAAUCUUCUAGCUGUGGCAAAGUUGUGUGUUAAAUCUGGGGAUAAGUCAACGACUUCUAUUCUGCAUAUACUCCGGUAUCUCCAGAAAAAAUUAGUUAUUUCUCGUGACUAGUGUUAAUACACAAUGUCACUUCAUAUA